AUGGGAAGUGACAACAGGACAAGUGUCUCUGAAUUCCUCCUCCUGGGACUCCCCAUCAGACCACACCACCAGGUCUUCUUUUACAUCCUAUUCUUGAGUAUGUAUCUCACCACACUGUUUGGGAACCUGCUUAUCAUCUUGCUCAUCAGAUUAGACUCUCGCCUUCAUACCCCUAUGUAUUUCUUCCUCAGUCACUUGGCCUUCACUGAUGUCUGUUUCUCAUCAGUCACUGCCCCAAAGAUGCUGGUGAACAUGCAGACAGGGAGCCAAACCAUUUCCUACAAUGGAUGCAUCUCACAGAUGUAUUUCUUCAUAUUCUUUACUGAUCUGGAUAGCUUCCUACUCACUGCAAUGGCUUAUGAUCGCUAUGUUGCCAUCUGUCACCCUCUCCACUAUACCACAGUCAUGAGCCAGAAUCUCUGCAGCCUGAUGGUGAUUGGGUCCUGGAUCCUCUCCUGUGCCAGCUCCUUGACUCACACCCUUCUUUUGGCCCGACUAUCCUUCUGUGCAGACAACACCAUAGCCCACUACUUCUGUGACCUGGCUGCUUUGCUCAAGCUAUCCUGCUCAGAUAUCUCCCUUAAUGAACUAGUGAUAUUCACUUUAGGGGUAGCAGUCAUUACACUGCCAUUAACAUGUGUACUUGUUUCUUACAUCCGUAUUGUUGUCACCAUCCUGAAAAUCCCUUCUACCAAUGGGAUCUGCAAAGCCUUGUCCACGUGUGGCUCACACCUCUCUGUGGUAUCUUUAUAUUAUGGGACAAUCAUUGGCCAGUACUUUUUCCCCUCUUCCAGCAACUCUAAUAUCAAAGACAUCAUCUCUGGUAUGAUGUAUACAGUGGUGACUCCCAUGCUGAACCCCUUCAUCUACAGUCUGAGGAACAGAGAUAUUAAUGGAGCCCUGAAGAAAGUCCUUACUAGGGGAAUAUCCUUCAUAGCCAGAGCCAUGAAAUAA